UCAAUAAUAUAAUAAACAAUGUCAUUGCAAGAGAUAAAAAUUUAUAAAUCGUAAUAAUGAACUGGACAAUCUCUGUUUAAAACAUUAUGUAUUCAUCAGUAUGUAUCAGGUUUCAGAGAGAUUAUAGGCCAACUGACGUUCAUUUUUCUUCUUGCAGAAAUACGUUAAAGUAUUGUAAUAAUGCGAUUUACAUUAAAACGCACAUUUUUUAAACUUGGAUUAAUCGCAUUGGUCUGGUUCACAGUAUUAUAUCUGACACUCACGUAUCCAACAACUAAACCACUAAAUACUUCAGACAAUGUAAACAAUCAGAUCAUUAAGCUCGAAAAGGGCAUUUCUGAACAGUUUAAGUUAAACAAUGAUAUUAUUAGUGAAGCUCAACACUUUUUGGAGACUAAAAAGAAAGCUGAACAACAGAACUUAGGUGAUCUGCAAGAUGUUAAAAUACCUGUGUUAGUUUUCGCAUGCAACAGAAUUACAAUAACUAGGUGUUUGGAUAGGUUACUCAAAUACAGGCCAGAUCCAGACAAAUUUCCUAUUAUUGUUAGUGAGGAUUGUGCUCAUGAAGAAACUAUAGAAACUAUCAGAAGAUAUGGAUCUCAAGUGUCCCUUAUUCAACAACCUGACCAAUCUGACAUUCAAGUAUCACCCAAGGAGAAAAAAUUCAAAGGAUACUUUAAAAUUGCCCGUCACUAUGGAUGGGCGCUUAAUCAAAUGUUUUUUAAUUUCAAUUUUAGCUCUGUAAUUAUUGUAGAAGAUGACUUAGAUGUGGCACCAGAUUUUUUUGAAUACUUCAUGGGUACUUAUCCAAUAUUGUUGAAAGACACAUCUUUGUGGUGUAUAUCUGCAUGGAAUGAUAAUGGAAAAGAGGAUCUUGUAGAUCUCUCCAGACCAGACUUACUAUAUCGAACUGACUUCUUUCCUGGACUUGGAUGGAUGUUGACUAAAAACAUCUGGACAGAACUUUAUAAGAAGUGGCCUAGAGCAUAUUGGGAUGAUUGGAUUAGAGAUCCAGCUCAAAGGCAAGGUAGAUCUUGUAUUAGACCUGAAAUAUCACGUACUAGAACAUUUGGCAAAGCAGGUGUUUCAAAUGGAAUGUUCUUUGAAAAACAUUUAAAAUUUAUCAAGUUGAAUGAAGAGUUUGUGCCUUUUACCAAAAUGAAUUUGUCUUAUCUGAAAAAGGAUAUUUAUGAUAAAGAUUUUGUCAAAAUAGUUUACCAAAGUCCAGUUGUAAGUUACCAAGAUCUCAAAGAUAAUAAGAUAUCAUUAGAAGGUCCUGUUAGAAUCACAUAUAGAACUCGAGAAGAAUAUAAGUUGAUAACUAAAAAACUAGGAUUAAUGGAUGAUUUUAAGAGUGGAGUACCUCGUACAGCAUACAAAGGCAUUGUCUCCUUCUUCUAUAGGGGAAGGAGAGUUUAUCUCGCACCUAAUUUGAACUGGAAAGGAUAUGAUCCAAAUUGGAGUUAACCUUUAGACAAUUAACAUUCCAAUAUUAGUGUGUGUGUGUUUGAUUUUGAAAUAUUUUCAUACUGAUAUGACAAUGUAUGUUUGUAAUUUAUUAAUAUUUGUGAUAUUUCUUAUAGCCUGUUCAAUUUUUGAUGCAUCGUUUUCUUCCUUUAGAACAGUUUUGUACAUAUAUAUAUAUUAACGCUUUAAAUGUACAUAUGUAAGAAUAAAAUGUUUGUCAAAUAUUGA